AUGUCAUCUUCGGAGGAAGAGUUGUCGAGUAAUAAUCACAACCACACACAAACUUCUUCUUCUUUGGAGGAGGAAUGGUUAAUUCCACUCGAUCAUCAGCAACGAAUGCAGAGGAGAAAAGAUCCCGAUAUGGAACAGGCAAAACUUGUUUAUAAUACCAUUGAAAAAUGUCGUCGAGACACUGAAUAUGUUUUGGAACAUGAUGUGAGAACGAAAAAAUUAUUACAAGCUGUUCAACAGCAUUGUGAUUCGAGAGUGCUUUCGGAGGGAAUUUUGUUGAAAAUGUGUACAAAUGAAGAUUUUAAUGAAUUUUCAAUUCGAGGUGAAAUGAGUGAGCCGCAGAAACGAAUUAAAUUAUGUUGCAACAGACUUGUUGGAAUUCCAGAAUUAAGAAGAACAUUAAUUCAUGAACUUGUACAUUCAUUCGAUCAUUGCAGAUUGAGAAAAAAGAGACAAGUUGGAUGUAAUUUUAUUGCAUGUACAGAAAUUAGAGCAUAUGCUCUCGGAGGUCAAUGUGACUUGCCAAUAGAUUUGGCUAAAUUCGACGGAAAUCGAGAUGAAUGUAUCAAACAUUGGGCGACCAUGAGUGUGCUGCGGAAUUGUGACAAUGGCAGGGAAGCUGUUGAAAAAAUGUUCGAGAAAUGUCACAAAGAUCUUGCGCCGUUUACCUUUGAAGAAAAGCCUUGA